CAGAAGACAGCUGCCUGCAGCUCCAAGCACAGAAAGGGACAACCGCAUCAAAGAGAGGACAACCCAUCACGAGUGAAGAUGGACUUCCUGCCUGCGUUUUCCCCUGGGACGUGGUUACUUCUCAUUGUUCUCCUGGGCCUUCUACUGAUAUAUGGAAUAUGGCCCUUUGGUGUGUUCACGAAAUUAGGAAUCCCUGGCCCGAUGCCAUUACCUUUCUUUGGGACCCUCUUACGGUACCGCAAAGGUUUCUUGAACUUUGACAGCGAAUGCUACAAGAAAUACGGGAAAAUCUGGGGAAUUUAUGAUGGCCGGCAACCUCUACUCGUUGUGCUGGACACCACCAUAAUUAAAGCUGUACUAGUGAAAGAGUGCUACACGACUUUCACCAACCGACGGAACAUAGGCUUGUUGGGAAUACUGGAGAAUGCCAUCUCGAUAGCAAAGGAUGAACAGUGGAAGAGGAUCCGCACCGUGCUGUCGCCGACCUUCACCAGCGGGAAGCUGAAGGAGAUGUUCCCCAUUAUAAAACACUAUGGGGAAAUUCUGACCCAGAAUGUACAGAAGGCUGUGGAAAGGGAUGAGCCCGUGGCGGUGAAGGACGUCUUCGGAGCCUACAGCAUGGACGUCAUCACUAGCACCGCUUUUGGCGUGAACAUCGACUCCAUGAACAACUCCAAAGACCCUUUUGUCAAGGAGGUCAAGAAGAUGACCAAGUUCAGAGCUUUUGACCCACGCUUCAUUUUGGUGUUUACGUUCCCAUUCUUCAUUCCUAUCCUUAAGAGAAUGAACGUGAACUUCUUCUCUCAAGAAGCUGUGGACUUCUUCACAAGAUCAGUUAAAAAAAUUAAGGAAGAACGGCAAAAACAAGGCAAAGGGACCAGGGUGGAUUUCCUGCAGCUGCUGAUAGACUCCCAAGGCUCCAACAGCAACGGCGUCGACGGCCAUCAACAGAGCAAUGGGGUGGAGCAUUCAUUCAAAGGGCUGACGGACGUCGAACUUCUGGCUCAAUCGAUCAUCUUCAUUUUUGCUGGAUAUGAGCCCACGAGCAAUUCUCUUGGUUACGUGGCCUACCUCUUGGCCACUCACCCCGACGUCCAACAGAAGCUCCUUGACGAGAUUGACACGGUUCUCCCCAACAAGGCCCCACUCACAUAUGACGCUAUCAUGCAAAUGGAGUAUCUCGACAUGGUGAUCAAUGAAACGCAGCGGCUGUAUCCCCUCGGAGGACGGCUCGAAAGGAUCUGCAAGAGAGAUGUCGAAAUAAACGGCGUGACUAUUCUGAAAGGCAUGUCGGUGGUCAUCCCACCUUACAUUCUCCACCGGGAUCCAGAGAACUGGCCAGAGCCAGAGGAGUUUAGACCUGAGAGGUUCAGCAAAGAGAACCGAGAUAACAUCGAUCCGGUGACGUACCUGCCCUUCGGAGCUGGUCCCCGCAACUGCAUCGGCUUGAGGUUCGCGAUGGUCACGAUGAAAGUGGCGAUUGCUAUUCUGCUGCAGCACUUCACCUUCAAAACCUGCAAAGAGACACAGAUACCCCUGGAGCUGAGCGACCAGGUAUUCCUCCUGCCAAAGGACCCGAUUGUUUUGAAAUUAGCGCCACGAAGAAAACAAGAAUGAGGCCUGCGUGUGUUUUCCACGCCUCUGUCAAGGAUGUGAACUGUGGAGAACUUGUAUCGUGCCCGAGGCAGAUUCUAUGAAGAGAAAUUCAAUUUGUUUGGAAGACAGUGUCUAGAUAUCUGCGGACAGACUGAUAGAUGUUUUUACCUUUCCUAAUGGAUGAGUCAAAAUUAUUUCUGAUUAAGGCUUAUGUACACUAAACAUACCUCAGAUCAAGUGGCUUCCAACAAUGAGACACCCCUUUUUCUAUUGCUGUCCUCAUAUGCUGGGUCUCAUAUACUGGUACUGAUCUGAUUUUUUAAUGGUGGUUGAAGGAUAGAUUGAGGUAUCUAAUGUGGCCUCAUGUUUACCUGCUGUGCUCAUUUCAAAAAUAAUAUUCCCUCCUCCCAGCAUAUUUAGUGGUUAAGAGCAGGUGGAUUCUAAUCUGGAGAACCGGGUUUGAUUCCCCGCUCCUCCACGUGAGCGGUGGACUCUGAUCUGGUG